UGAGUUCUUUGCUCUCAGCUGUUAUCCGCAAAAGGAAGAAGAAGAGUCAUAUGUAACUUUUAUUUGCAAAAUUUGGCCAUGAAAAUUGCUCAAAUUCGCCCACUAGCUUCUCUGAUAGCAAAGCGCACGGCGGUUACCAGCGCAGCCAACCAGGUGCGAAUUGUGGAGGUGGGUCCACGGGAUGGCCUCCAGAACGAACCCAAACUGCUGCCGGCAGCCACCAAAAUCGAGCUGAUAAAUCAGUUGUCCGAGACGGGACUGCAAACCAUUGAAGCCACCAGUUUUGUGAGCGCCAAAUGGGUGCCCCAGAUGGGCGACAAUGCGGAGGUGAUGCGGGGAAUCCGCAGAGUGCCCGGGAUCAGCUAUCCAGUGCUCACGCCCAAUUUGAAGGGGUUCGAGAGUGCUCUGGCAGCGGGCGCUCAGGAGGUGGCAGUCUUUGGAGCCGCCUCCGAUGCGUUUUCGCUGAAAAACGUCAAUUGCACGGCUGCCGAGGCCAUCGAGCGCUUCAAACCCGUGCUUAGGGCAGCCGAAAAGAACGGAGUGCGUGUCCGGGGCUAUGUGUCCACCGUGGUUGGCUGUCCAUACGAGGGAGCCGUUGCGCCGAGUGCUGUGGUCAAAGUAGUGGAGGCACUGCAUCAAAUGGGCUGCUACGAGAUCUCCCUGGGCGACACUAUCGGCGUGGGCACCCCCGGCACCAUGCGCCGUAUGCUGGACGCGGUGACCAAGGCCGUCCCGGCCAAAGAUUUGGCCGUGCAUUGCCAUGACACUUACGGCCAGGCGCUGAGCAAUAUCCUGGUCUCCCUGGACUACGGCAUUCGGGUGGUGGACUCCUCGGUUUCUGGCCUGGGCGGGUGUCCCUAUGCCAAGGGGGCGUCUGGUAACGCGGCCACAGAGGAUGUGGUCUACUUGCUGCACGGAAUGGGCCUUAGCACAGGAGUUAACCUGGACAAACUCAUCCAAGUGGGUCGCUACAUCUGUACUGAACUGGGCAGGCCAUCCGAGUCCAAGGUGAAUCGUGCCUGGAAAGGUCCUCAGCCGCUAAACCAGUGAUCCUCCUAUCUUUAUGAAACGAAAACGAUGGCAUUUACUAGCACUACAUAAACAAUAUUUUUUAUUAUCGUUGCAAUAUUAAAA